AUGCCAGCAUAUGAUUAUCAAGGCUAUAUUCGAGAGCCAGCAUCUGUCGACAGCACUUAUUCCACUGGUUCCGGGUCGUUUAUCCAAUAUCCCAACGAAAACAUCAACAACCAAAACUUUCAGUACAGUCCGGAAGCUGCUGUAGGUUUAUUUCAUCGUUUUUAUUUUGUUUUUAGGCUUAUUCUUGUUCGAGUUGGUUUGCAAAUAGGACAUUAUACUUGAACUUCCCUGGAUUUUUUGUUUCGGUUGAUUUGUUUGCGCAAAGUGCGCCCAUGUUUUUGCAGACUGCGGGAAGGAUUCUCAACAAAAUUAUACGAAAAAACUGAUUAUUAUAAAAAUAAUUUUUUUAAAUUUUAAAAUGUAGUUCAAAAGGGUUCCAAAAAUAUUUUUUGUUGUUUUAGCCAAUAAUUCAAAGGCCAACGAUGGUUAUGAAUCAAUAUUCGCUUCAAUUGGACAAGCUGAUCGGGAGCGGGGCGUUUGGUCGUGUUCAUUCGUGGACAAAUCCACGAAAUGGGCAUCGUCUGGCCAUCAAGAUGAUAUCCAACAUCUUUACAACAAUACCCUCAUCUAGAAGAGUGUAUAGGGAGCUGAUGAUAAUGAGGUCUGUUCAUCAUGACAAUGUAUUGGGGAUGUUGGAUGUGGCUAAGCCUGUGAGGACGGAAUAUCAUAACAUGUAAGUGGGAGGUGUUGGAGAGCAUUUUGUUUAUUUGUUUGAUUUGUGUUUUAAUUUUGAGGGAUUUUAAAAUUUUUUAAAAAUAAAAAAAGAUUUUUGAAAAAAUUUUUAAAUUUUAUUUUUCAGAUUUGUCUUCACAGAACUGAUGGAGACGGACCUCCACAAAGUAAUUGUCUCUCCCCAACGCCUCAUACCAAUCCAUAUCACACUAUUCAUGUAUCAACUACUACGAGGCCUGAAAUACCUUCACUCAGCCAAUAUCAUUCAUCGAGACCUAAAGCCAUCAAACCUCCUUAUCAACUCGAACUGUCACUUGAAAAUCUGUGAUUUUGGCCUGUCGCGACUAUGGGAUGAAAAAGUUCGAGAGCCAAUGUCCAUUGAAGUGAUUACCAUGUACUACCGACCACCAGAGAUACUGAUGGGUAAUUGUCAUUAUACGAAGGCUGUGGACAUGUGGAGUGCUGGCUGUAUAUGGGCAGAGCUACUGUUAAGGCGGCCGCUGUUUCAAGGGGCUACUGAGGAAGAAGUAAGUUGGAUUAGUGGAGUUGAUGAAGGGUUUGUUACUUAAAAAUUUGUUUUUAAAAUAUUUUUAUAACUUGAACUUCUAAAAAAUGAAUGUUUUGGUGAUGUCGUUACUUAAAAAGUCUAUUUUAUAGUGAUUUUGUUACUUAAAAAUGCCUUUCAUAGUGAUUUUGUUACCUAAAAAUGCCUUUUUUGUAGAUUUUGUUACUUUAAAAAUGCUUUUUAGAGACUUUUUUUACCUACAAAUGCCUUUUUUAGAGAUUUUGUUACCUAAAAGUCUUUUUUUAUUGAGUUUGUUGCCUAAAAAUCUAUUUUUUAGUGAUUUCGUUACCUAAAAAUGUCUUUUUUAUAUUAAUAUUGUUACUUAAUCUUGCAUUUUCAGCAAAUUGAAAGGAUGUUCCAAUUCCUCGGCCCACCCUUACUCCAAGAAAUGCCUGGUAUAUCACAGCAUUACCAACAUCAUAUAGUCAACAGUCAAACUCAACGCAGACAAGACGACCGGAAAUGGCUUCAGUUUCAAUUAGACCCACAAGACUUGGCUUUACUCAGAGCAAUGUUGUCAUAUGACGAGAGGAAACGACCGAGUUGUGAAGAGGUCCUGAGGCAUAGGUACCUGGUGGAGCCAAGGAUAAUAUUCCAUCAGGAGCUGUGUACUUGUUGUGUUAAUGGUCAAAUCAAUUGUGGGAAUUUGGAACCAACGGUAAGGUGAUGUUGUAGUAGGUUAUUGGGAAUUUACUAUCAGUUUUAAAUUUUUUAAAAAUUUUUAAAAAUUAAAAAUUUUGAAAAUUCUAAAAUUUUUUUAGCCUAAACUGUCUUAAAAUUUGCAAAAAUGCUCCUCAUAGCUCAGUAAGUACUGUCCCAAGAUUUUAUUUUCGAAUUUUGAGUUUAAAAAUUUAAAUCAGCGAUUUCCCGCCAAAUUGGCAUUAUGUUGCAAGCACGUUUUUUGAUGUUUUUAUGAAAUAAUAGGUUUGUAGUAGACGUAGGUGAAGUUUUUAUUGAUAUUAAAAAUUUGCGAUGUUUUAUGGUUGAAACAAAACGCCAAGAACGUGGCAAUUUCAAAAAUUUGAUUUUUUGAAAUUGAGAAUUCGUUUUUUUUGAAAAUUGAUAACUUAAAGGGUUGUAAGACUUUGGAUGUGGGUUUGGAAUAAUAAAAGCUAUGGAUAGUUUUAUUUUUUUAGUUUAGAAUUUUAAAAUUAAAAAAGUUUUAAGAACACUAAAUAUGAUAUUGUUUUAGCACCCUCACCCACUGUCAGUUCAAAUGGAACAUCAAAUACGCCAAAAGACCAUUUACCAGCUGAAGGUGGAGGUGGCUAGCAAGUUGAACGAAUGGAGUCAAAUGCAUAUCACAGACGACGCCGAAUUUCUACAGAAGAUAGCUCAGAAUAUGGGUAACCGCAAUGGAUAUCUAUAG